GAAUUAACUACCAAGCAACCUACCUACUAUCCGCCACUUCAUCACCCAUUUCUUCCCCAUACGCCUACCAAUCUCUCUGCGUGAGUCCACAUGAUUACUAUAUAUAACUAAGCCAAUCCUCUCUCCUUGUCUCUCUCUCGAUCUCGCUCACUCUCUUCUAUAUUUCAGUGUGUUUACUUGUGAGAGGCUCGGGAUUUUAGCUGUUUGCUCUCUACAUUGCUCGUGCUCUUCGAGAUCUGGUGCCCCGAAGUCGAUAUCAUGGCAACUGGACAAAUAUUUUCCAAGACUACACAAGCACUGUUCUACAAUUUUAAGCAGCUGCCUAUCCAGCGGAUGCUUGAUUUUGACUUUCUUUGUGGAAGGGAGACACCUUCAGUUGCUGGAAUUAUAAAUCCUGGUGCUGAGGGAUUUCAGAAACUCUUUUUUGGCCAGGAAGAAAUUGCCAUACCAGUACAUUCAACAAUCGAAGCCGCAUGUGCUGCACAUCCUACUGCCGAUGUAUUCAUUAACUUCGCAUCAUUCAGAAGUGCCGCUGCUUCAUCCAAGUCUGCCCUCAGACAGCCAACGAUUAGAGUUGUAGCCAUAAUUGCCGAAGGUGUUCCCGAAUCGGACACCAAGGAAUUGAUUGCAUUUGCAAGGGCAAACAACAAGGUAGUUCUUGGACCAGCUACUGUAGGAGGUAUUCAGGCUGGGGCUUUUAAGAUUGGUGAUACUGCUGGAACAAUUGAUAAUAUAAUUCAGUGCAAGCUAUACAGGCCUGGAUCUGUUGGAUUUGUUUCCAAAUCUGGUGGUAUGUCCAAUGAAUUAUACAAUACAAUUGCUCGCGUCACUGAUGGAAUUUAUGAAGGUAUUGCUAUUGGAGGAGAUGUGUUCCCAGGUUCUACACUCUCUGAUCAUGUUCUGCGGUUCAACAACAUUCCUCAGGUUAAAAUGAUUGUUGUGCUUGGGGAACUUGGUGGGCGUGAUGAGUACUCCCUUGUUGAAGCUCUAAAACAGGGUAGAAUAAGCAAACCAGUUGUUGCUUGGGUCAGCGGAACUUGUGCACGUCUUUUCAAGUCAGAAGUGCAAUUCGGCCAUGCAGGGGCAAAAAGUGGUGGCGAGAUGGAGUCCGCACAAGCCAAGAAUCAAGCACUUAAGGAUGCUGGAGCUGUUGUUCCCACGUCAUAUGAAGCAUUUGAAACUUCGAUCAAGGAAACAUUUGAAAAACUGAUGGAAGGCGGCAAUAUAACUCCUAUAAAAGAGGUUAUACCACCACAAAUUCCUGAGGAUCUUAAUAUUGCAAUCAAAAGUGGGAAAGUACGAGCGCCAACCCAUAUUAUUUCUACCAUAUCUGAUGAUAGAGGUGAAGAGCCAUGUUACGCUGGUGUUCCAAUGUCAUCCAUUGUAGAACAAGGGUAUGGCAUAGGCGACGUUAUCUCUCUAUUGUGGUUCAAACGCAGUCUUCCCCGUUACUGCACGCAUUUUAUAGAGAUUUGCAUCAUGUUAUGUGCCGACCAUGGUCCCUGUGUCUCUGGUGCUCACAAUACAAUAGUUACUGCUAGAGCUGGAAAAGAUCUUGUGUCCUGUCUUGUUUCAGGCUUGCUUACAAUCGGUCCUCGAUUUGGGGGGGCUGUGGAUGAUGCCGCUCGAUAUUUCAAGGAUGCUUAUGACAGAAAUCUUACGCCUUAUGAGUUUGUUGAAAGUAUGAAAAAGAAGGGCAUUCGUGUUCCAGGAAUUGGACACAGGAUCAAGAGAGGUGACAACAGAGAUAAGCGAGUAGAGCUUCUGCAACUGUUUGCACGUACACAUUUCCCCUCUGUUAAGUAUAUGGAAUAUGCUGUUCAAGUUGAGACCUACACUCUCUCGAAGGCUAAUAAUUUAGUGCUUAAUGUCGAUGGUGCCAUUGGUUCCUUGUUUUUGGAUCUCCUAGCUGGCAGUGGAAUGUUCACUAAGCAAGAAAUUGACGAGAUUGUCGAAAUUGGUUACCUGAAUGGCCUUUUCGUUUUGGCACGUGCCAUCGGUCUCAUUGGGCACACAUUUGACCAAAAGAGAUUGAAGCAGCCACUAUACCGUCACCCAUGGGAAGAUGUUCUUUACACCAAGUGAAGAGUUUCCUUCAGGAUUCGCCCUCACCCUCACCCUCACCCUCAUUUAAAGUUUCCUGUACUCAAGUCACUGUUAUAUGCUUGUUUAGUCCUUAGAGUAGUAUGUUUAGCCCAUCGUGGCCAAGUGAUUCAUUUGCAAGGUUUAGGUUACUGUCAAAACUCUCAAAGAAUAAAAACCAUAUAGUCUCCGUUACCAGGAAAAGUACCUUCUUACAAGACACAGGGAAAAUACCAUAUUCUAAUUAGAACUCUGUAUCAUUUGUAUGGUGCACACUGUUGUAUGAAUUCUUGAGUCAUCCAAUUGUUUAUCACUUGUUAUAUGUCAGGUUGGUUGAGAUAAGUUUUUGAGCA